UCCUCUCCCUCUCUCCCUCUCUCUCUCUCUCUCUCUCUCUCUCUCUCUCUCUCUCUCUCUGACUGCCGGCUCCCCGCAGACUCCACGGUAACACCAGCCCAACGUCAGAAACACCAAUGGCUAACGAAGCUUAUCCCUGUCCAUGUGACAUUGGCGACAGGCUGGAGUAUGGAGGCAUGGGCCAUGAAGUUCAGGUUGAGCACAUCAUGGCUUAUAUCACCCGACCUCCUGUGGACACGGGCAAGGCUGUGAUUGUCAUUCAAGAUAUCUUUGGGUGGAAACUGCCCAACACCAGGUAUAUGGUCGACAUGAUUGCCAGAAAUGGAUACACAGCCAUCCUUCCGGACUUCUUUGUGGGGCAGGAGCCAUGGGACCCGGCUGCUGACUGGUCCACAUUCCCCAAGUGGCUGGAAACAAGAAAUGCCAGAAAGAUCAAUCGAGAGGUGGAUGCUGUCUUGAGGUUUCUGAAACAACAAUGCCAUGCCCAGAAGAUUGGCACCGUGGGCUUCUGCUGGGGCGGGGCUGCUGUGCACCACGCGAUGGUGACGUACCCAGAGCUCCGGGCAGGAGUGUCCCUCUAUGGCAUCAUCAAAGACACUGAGGACUGGUAUGGUCUGAAGAACCCCACUCUGUUCAUCUUCGCCGAGAACGACUCCCUGAUUCCGCUUGAACAAGUCUCUUUGCUGAACCAGAAGUUGAAAGAACAGUGCAAAGUUGAUUAUCAAAUUAAAACGUUUUCGGGGCAAACUCAUGGCUUUGUGCACAGGAAGAAAGAAAACUGCUCCCCUGCUGACAAGCCUUACAUCGAUGAGGCGAGAAGGAAUUUAAUUGAAUGGCUGAACAAGUACAUUUAGAAACAAACUUUUUCAGCAUUAG